AAAAAGACGAAUCAAUUGAUCAAAGGAGCGUCGCAUAUUGAGGCUAUACAGGUCUUGCACCAGUUGCGGCAGCUGGAGCAAGUGUCUCAGAUCGGUCUCUGCCAAUUUGAUACUGAGCAGGUCCGAGACAUGAUCAUGUUGGGUUGUCCUGUACGCACAAACCAGAUCCAGUUUUCGCUACUGGACAGAAGGGCAGAAACGAGCGGCAUGCUGGACCUCGCGAAGCGUUUUCGCAUCAAGCUGCUCUGCUUCGGCUGCGUCGCUGGUGGGUGGCUGAGCGAGCGGUUCUUAGGUAUGGAGAAGGACCCCAUGCCCCGUUGGGAUCGCAAGACGCUAAGCAAAAAGAUGAGCGAGCGCCGCUGCACGGUGAGUCUGAGAAAGUAUCGCCAAGGCCUCGACUUGUGGACCAAUAGCGACAAGGAGAAUUGGAAAUUUUUUCAAGAGCUACUAAGGGUGCUGGAUGGAAUCGCGAAACGAAAAACGGAAGAACUGCGUCAAAAGAUGCGAAUGCAAAUGCCCAACGGCGCCUCUAGAGUCGGUGGUAGGUAUUCAAACAAACUUUCGCCUGAGAGUCUCGAGGAGGAGGACGACGAAGAGCUUUCCUUUCUUCUCUCAGCGGAUGGUUCACCAGAUAAUAUUUUCGGAAGCAAUAAUAUUAACAAAGCAGCAAAAGAAAGGAAGAACACUGAAGAAGAGGAGCAGAAGACUGUUAGAAUUAGUAUUGCCAAUGUUGCUGCCAAAUGGGUCCUCGAGAAGUUGGACCGCGAGGCGUAUGGGGGCGCCAUAAUCAUUGGCGCACGCGAUAGUCGUCACCUCCCUGAAAAUAAGAUGUUACUUCGUGAGUCGGAGUGGGGACUAAAUGACUCAGAUAUGGAGGAAAUCAACGAGGUCUUCCGUAGGGUGAAGAGGUGUAGGUAUCAUUCCAUCGCAGAUGCAAAGCAACGAAUGCUCGACAGCGUACGGGCUGAAGCAUCCUCAUCCUCAAUCAGGGGUCGUAGUGUUACUAUGAAAAGUACUGCCAUGACUACAACUUCUACCUCAACCUCUGCGAGUACCACAGCUGAGCAGGAACCUUACCGUACCCCAACGGCUGCUGAGCUGAUGAAGACUGCCACGAUAGGGGUAGCGCGAUUUCUACACUUGAUUCCGGUUUCCGAAGGGGGAACGAUGCCCGAUCCACCGAAAGAGGACCACUUACCUCCACUGAAAGAGGACCAGAGCAGCAUCAAGAAAAAGUCCCCUCCUGGAGGUUCCCCACGUCAGGGAGGUGCUGGUUCGGCGUCACCAAGGUUCGAUAUGAAGAUGACUUCUCCGGGUUCGACAUUGACAUCUUCUCUAGGUUCGCCGGAAGCGAAUAGCCCAUUCUUCGGGAAAGCAGAUCCAGCCGCCAUGAAUGAAACAGUAUCGACGAUGGCGUCCUCCGGUGGUAUGGCAGAUAUUGCUCAACAACAGUCAGGACCAGGAGUGGUGGGAAGGAAACGCGUUACUACUUUGGGUCCACGAGAUGCUACUGCUAGUGGUCCAACUAGUGAAGCAGGGACUGGAUUUCGUGGUGGGGGCGGUGCACCGAAGCGUGGCGCACGAGGACGCGGCAAGCGAGGUUCAAAGGGCGCGGCGCCACAGCUUCCAGCCGUCGAGGAGGCGACCGGGCCAACGGCUGAAGAAAUAGCUUUGAAGAAGCUAAAGGAGCGCAUGCAGUACGUUGAUGCCCAAGAAAAAGAUCAGAAAGUGAUGGAUCGAGAGCGCUUUCCGAUCUCCACGCACGAACGCGAAGUUUUACUCAAGUUAGAGAGGGAACGAGACAACUUCCGAACAGAAAGCAAAGCUUUUGCAAAAGAGGAGUAUGAGGAGUUCUUGCGCAAGGAAUUCGAAGCGGGACGCGACCUUGAGGCGCAAAGGCAGCAGGAGGCCAAGGAACGAAACGAAUUGCGCAGAGCGCAAAUCCAGAUGGGAACGCUGCAAAAAAUGGUCAACAAAAAAGGCGUCAAAGCCGUCUUUGGGCUGUAAUUGUUGUAUUGCAAGGGAUAUUAGAUACCUACGUACUUCUAGUUCUACUGUUACUUCUUUUAGAAAUAUUUAGAAAGGAAAUAGACCAUCAUGGAGUUCAGUGUUGUGCAGUUGUGCUACUCCUUUAUCGUUCUCCUGGUUCAUUAGCACGAUUUGGUGGAUGUUGAAGGGACUAGAAAUUAGGAUUACGUGCCUAUCUUGAACAUUUCAUUAUGGCGGUGUCUUGGUAGAUGCAGCCGUGGUCAGAAUGGUAAAGAUAACAAGAGACGCAAAAGAUCUCUUUAUACCGUAGAUUGCACAGGUGCAGCGUCGAUCACCGAUGAAGAGGUUGUCGCGUGACGAC